GAAUAAAAUCUUUUAAUUAAUUUUAUGAUUGAUAAGUAAUAGUAUGAUAUUUAAAAGUAAGUAAAAGGAAACAAGGUCUUAUUGAUAAAGCUUUAUUGCGAAUGCUAUUUAAAAACUUAUAAAUUAGAAGACAAUUUAAAUUUGUUGGAAGUCGUAAUGGCACUGAAAAAGAAAAAAUUUUCAAAUAUUGUGGAAAUAUAUAAAGUAAAAGUAGAUGAAAAAUAAGGAUUGAUAUUUGUUUAUGAGGAGUGUUGCAAAUCUGAUCUGAGAGAAAUGAUGAGAGAUAAUCCAAAAUAAUUUGAUGUUAAAGAAAUAAUAAAAUGCUUAUUACAUGUUAUUUAGGGAUUGUUAGAUUUGAAGAAUCUAAAUAUUUUUCAUAGAGACAUUAAACCGGAUAAUAUAGUAUAUAAUGGCGAGAAUUACAAAAUUAUUGACUUCGACAGAGCCAAAGUUUUUGGAAAUGGCGAGAUCAGGGUUCAUACUUUAAAUAUUGGCACUUAAGGAUAUUAAGCUCCAGAAAUAAUUUCAAAAUAGCCUUAUUCCUAUCAAUGUGACGUGUGGAGUUUAGGAUGCGUUAUUCAUUUUCUAUUAUUUUAAUAAGAAAUAGAAAUAAUAAAUAAUGAAAUUGUCAUCCCUAAACAAAACUAGUAUGAUGAUAAAAUUAUAAAAUUGCUCCUUAAAAUGUUAGAAAGCAAUCCAAGAAAAAGAAUAUUGCUAGAAAAUCUUUAAGAAGAAACAAAAAAUCUAUAUAAAAAUUUAAACGAUUCUAACUAAUCUACAGAUGUAGAAUAAAAUAUAAUCUCAAUCUAAAAAAUUGUAAAUUAGCCAGAUGAAAAAACAAAAUUCAAUACGAUUAUGGAAGAACUAAUUUAAAAAGAGCAGAAUUUAUAAAAUAAGAUAUAUUUAUACUAAUUUUGGGUUUAAAGACUUGAACGAAAAUUCUCAAAUGAGAUUGAAUUUAGAUAAAAGGUUUCACUAUAACUUUUAUACACAAUAAAAUAAGGAUAAGAAGGGAGAAUAAAAUAUAAUGAAUUUAAUUCCCUUGACUAAAUUAAAAGUUAAUUAAAAUGCUUUAAAGAAUUAUCAAAAUUCUAUGAUUUUUGA